CAACCGGCCUGUUGCGUGUGUAAAUAAUUUAUAAUUUCAAUUUACGUUAAUAAUAACUGAAAACAAUGCAGUUCACAAGAAGUAAUCCAGCCAAACAGAUUCCACUUCGAUUUUAUCGUUAUACAAGCAAAAUUGCCGUCGAUGUGGAGCCGUCACUUCUCGCAGAUUUAGAGCAAGCAAAUAUUAAGCCCAGGAAACAUCCUGGAAUCAUUAAGCCAAAUCAUGUAGAGCUCUCAUCCCAAUUGACUGGCACCCUAAAGCGUAUUGUCGGGGAUCAUCCAGUGAAAAAAGUAGAAAGGGACAGUAUAUUAUUGAAUCGUUAUAUUCAGUCCCGUCAUCCGCCUCCGACCCAAACCGAAAUCGAGAAUAAACGGCAAUUGAUAAUCGAGGAGGUUAACGCCAAGAUGCCUCUAGAGCGUUUGGCCACGCUUAGCGAGGAGGAACAAUCCCGUUGGCAACGCAAAAGAGAGCUAGAGAUUAAUAAACGUUUGGGUCAGCGUACCUAUGCCUGGAAAAGGAUUGAUUAUGGUGCCUACGAAGCCAUUGUCUAUGCAAUUGGUCGCGGUGCCCAGGAGUAUGCCGUCCUUAGACGCAUUCUCGUUGAACUACAGCAAAGAGAUCCAGCGUUUCAGCCGCGGAGUUUCUUUGAUUUCGGCUCUGGCAUCGGAACUGGCAUGUGGGCAGCCAGUGAGCUGUGGCGCGACAGUAUCUUUGAAUACUAUAACGUGGACAGAUCUAGAGAGAUGAAUGAUAUUUCAGAAUUGAUUCUACGAGAGGGUCACGAAAAUAAACAAGUUGCAUUGCGUAAUGUAUUCUACAGACAAUUUUUACCCGCCAUCGACACAAAAUACGAUUUGGUUAUUUUGUCCCACACACUCUUUGAGUUGGGUGAUCGGAACCAGCGGGAGGAGGUGCUGCUUAACUUGUGGCGGAAAUGCGAUGGUUAUAUGGUUAUAGCAGAGGAAGGUACUCGACGAGGUAGCGAAUUGGUCAAUGAAGCUAGAAGAUUUCUAUUAAAAAUUAAUAAAGGCAAACAGAAACCGGAUGAAAAGCUUGAGGGUCAUACGGUGGCGCCGUGUCCACAUGAUUUGCGAUGUCCACGUUUAAGCGAUUUGGCUGAUCGAACGCCGUGUAAUUUUCAAAUCUCAUAUACUCCAUUACGUUUAACCAGUGAUGCGGCGCCCGAUCGCAAGAUUUCACUCUAUAGCUAUGCAAUUUUAAAAAAGGGUCCAGCUCCCACAGAGGACGCCUCACGUCAAUGGCCUCGCAUAGUGAGGCCGACAUUGGUGCGAUCAAAACAUGCCAUUUGCCGGCUUUGCACAGAGGCUGGUAAACUGCAGGAGGUCAUCUUUACAAAGGCCAAACAUGGCAAACACGCUUAUGGUUGUGCCAAAGUUAGUCGCUGGGGCGAUCGUCUACCCAUGAUGCUGGGAGAACCACAACAAAAAUCCUCGGAUACAUCUUCAUCUACGGAGCAAUCCGAUUUGGCAUAAACUAAGCUAUUGUUAUGUUUUGUAUACUUUUAAGACAAAUUAAUUAGGGGCUGCUGCUGCACCCUGUUAAAAGUUAAUCGGCAUUAAAAACUGCUAACCAAUUAGUCGAUUUAA